AUGGAUAAAAGCACUGAACAGUACCCUCGGGAGAAUUUAAUUGAUUCUGACGCUGAGAAUGAUGAAUUAGUGCAGGACUGGUCGGAGAUAGCCAAAGUCGCUAGGAAGUCGCGUCAGGCCGUUAUUCCUCGUAGAGGUGAGAAGGAUUAUGAGCCAGAUGGCACCAUUGUACAGGAAUCUAUGCUUUCAAAGGCAAAAAGUGCAUUUUUUGAUACUAUAUCAUCCUCACUUCGUGGUUCAACAGUGAAGAACCUCAUCAAGGCAUAUUGGAUAGAAGAUAGGCGUAUGGCAAGAAUACCUCAACCUCGAGGAACUUUUAUGAAUACUAUGGGUAAAGUUGAUAGAGAUGGCCAGGGCUGGCUUGAAUUGCAUGAAUUUGUUUAUCUUGUAGAAAGAGGUUCCAUUACACCUUAUGCAAUGAUCACUCUAGAUAAUGGGGAUGAAACAGAAAUAUUGCUAAGUUUACAGGAUGUAUAUUCAUAUUUCAAGACAGACGAAGAACUCGAUGAAUUUUCUGUAUAUGCACAGUUGAAACGGCUAGGUUAUAUUGUGAUAUCGACUGACAAUGAGCCCGCAGAGAAAACUAGUUUGUUCCCAAUUAUCUCGAAUAGGAAACGAUAUGGCAUUAUGAACAGUUUUUAUUCCUUGUUUAGACUACCAGAAGGUCUACUCAACAUUCCUUUCUACCAUCCAUUGCAUUUCUUAAUUAAUAGGUACACAUCGUACCCCCAAAUUUACAAUUCACUUAGCAAAUUGGUUCCAUUUUACGCCCCUCCGAAAACUUUGAAAGAACUUCGAGAGGAAAGGUGUCUGAUGGCUGCUGAAACUAAUGUUAAAGAGUGGAAAAUAUCAUUCAACGUUUGGAAACCGCAAAGCAACUUUAAAAAGAAGAACCCGGGUCUACCUGAUUUCCAGUUGGUUAUCUAUAACAAAAACGACAAUUCUAAUCAGUUUCCGUCUUUCGCAGAAUUUAAAAACAUAUUUCGAAGACUUGAUUAUAAAUUUGAAUUUCUAGAAGAGAUUAAGAUCGAUGAUGAUGAAACUACUUGGGGUAACUUUACUUAUACUAAUGGUGUCCCGACAAAUGAAUAUUUAAAACCACGUAAGAUUACCGGACGUCAACGAAAACCCGGAUUCAAUGAUGAAAAGCGUAAAAAAACUAAGACGUAUCCUAUUCACGUCCAAAAGAUCAUUCGACUCAAGGAAGGAUUCCGUAGCUUUAUCUUGGCUGUUAUAGAUGAUGGAUUGAUAAGCUUUGUAAGAAUUGCCGAAUCAGAUUUCGGAUCGACUAGUGUAUGGCAUGAUCCAUCCAAAGUUUCUUCAAGAAAAGGUCGCGUAGAAAGAGUGAAAAAAACAAAACCAUGUAAUUGA